AUGAAUAAAAAACAAGGAUGUUGUACAUUAUUUACAAUUGGGUUUUAUAUCUUUAUUGCAUUAGUAAUAAUAGCAUGUAUUGUAUUAUAUACAUUUGUAAUGCUAAAUGACCAAUAUGAUGAUGUAUUAAAAAUCAAUAUUUUAGGGGAGUCAGAAAAAACAAAGGUAUGUGGUUAUAGUAAUCAGGAUGGAUUUAAAACUUUUCAAUUUACAAUUGUAAAUAAUAAUGAUCAUACAUUUCAAUGUGGAUUUGAACCAGCACUUUCAUACUUAGUAUAUUUAACAUUAUUUCUCUCUUUAGGAGUAGUUAUUUCAAUAGUUGUUGCAGGUCUAGUUUUUCGAAGGGCAUCAUAUUCAUUUGGGUUAUUUAUAUUUGGAGGUAUAACAGCAAUUUUGUUUAUUGCAAUAAUAUGUUGGCAAAUAUAUGAAGUAAAACGAGGGUAUAACUAUUGUACAGAUAUAAUUUCUUCAUCUUUUAAAAAUAAAAAUAUUUCUAUAAAAUGUAAAUAUACCCCAUUUAUUAUUCCAAUGAUAUUAGAAUUUGUAUUAUUUCUUAGCUUUGUAUUAAAUCCUAUUAUUGGUUGUCAAUAUAUUCUUAUAACAAAACCUUAUGUUCCAAAAAAACGUCAAGGGACUCCAGAGUAUGAAAUGAAACAAAUUGAAGAUGAUGAAAAGGAAUAA